GCUGCCUGGGUGUAUGCGCGCUGGGGAGUCCGGGUUGCUGCAGUAGCAGCAGAAGCUGCCCUGGGGUGUGAAGAAGAGCCACAGCCGGCGGGAAGGUGAGGCUGCAGCUGCAGCUCCUCGGACCCAAAGGGCCACGAGCCGGUCCAGCAUGUUGCACAAGGCUUGCUGAGGAAGCCGCGGCUCCCCCAGUCCAAGCGGGCGCGAGAUUUCAUAUAAAAGCAUCAGAGUUGGCAGACAGAUUGAUGUGGCAUCUGUGGAAAAUGAAUUAAAGCAACAUGACCAAGGCAUCAUAUACUUUCUCAUUCUUCAAUUACACUGAGCAAGUGCUAAAUUGGCUCUAGUUGCUCUGUGAUUUUCAGCUUUUCCUUGAAAAACCAGAAAGAUGGGAAAAUAAAUUGGCCUUUAACAAAUGCAGUACCAUGCUCUCAUCGAAGAGGAUGAUAGCCCUUCCCAUGCUGACAUCAUAAGGGCUGCAAGCUCUGCUCUGUUUUGAUGCUUCAAGCAGUAUAAAGAGGUGGCUUCCCCAUGACAACAUGUCAGCAAAAGAUCCCAGCCCCCGACAUAGCUCAAAGUCCCGUGUUAUGCAGCGGGCCUCAACUAUUGAUGUGGCCUCUGACAUGCUAGGUUUAUCUUUGACAGGAAACAUCCAAGAUCCAGAUGAGCCAAUCUUAGAAUUUAGUUUAGCUUGCAGUGAACUGCUAACACCAUCACUAGAUAGGAAGCCAAACUGUUUUGUAGCAGUGAGUGUAACUACACCUCCUCAGGCGUUCUGGACAAAGCACGCACAAACAGAAAUUAUUGAGGGCACAAACAAUCCCAUCUUUCUAAGCAGCAUUGCCUUUUUUCAAGACUCUCUUAUUAAUCAGAUGACACAAAUAAAACUUUCUAUAUAUGAUGUAAAAGAUAGAUCUCAGGGAACUAUGUAUUUAUUGGGUUCUGUGAUAUUCACUGUACAGGAUCUACUUAAGGAGAAAAGUCAUAGGCUGCACUUAACACUAAGAUCUGCUGAAAAUGACCAUGUUGGGAACAUUACAGCCAUAGGAUGGCAGAUGGAAGAAAACACAGAACAAAGGCCUCCUGUGACCAGGUCUCCUGACACCAUCAAUGGAAGGACUGUGCUACCAGUUGAUGAAAGUUUGACAGAGUCCUUAGGAAUCCGAUCCAAAUAUGCUUCGUUACGAAAAGAUGCACUGUUAAAAUCUGUGUUUGGAGGUGCCAUUUGUCGGAUGUAUCGUUUUCCUACCACUGAUGGCAACCAUCUGAGGAUUUUGGAGCAAAUGGCAGAGAGUGUGCUCUCUUUACACAUUCCCAGGCAAUUUGUGAAAUUGCUGCUAGAGGAAGAUGCUGCAAGGAUUUGUGAACUUGAAGAACUGGGAGAACUGUCCCCCUGCUGGGAAGGUCUUCGUCGGCAAAUAGUCACUCAGUACCAAACAAUUAUUCUGACCUAUCAGGACAACCUCACAAAUCUUCAUCAGUACAAAGGACCAUCAUUCAAAGCAAGUAGUCUGAAAGGUGAUAAAAAGCUUGAAUUCAUGCCCACAAAUUUACACAUACAGCGAAUGAGAGUCCAGGAUGAUGCAGGAUCAGAUGAGAAUUACGACAUUGUAACUAUAGGAGCACCAGCAGCUCACUGCCAGGGCUUUAAAUCUGGAGGUCUGCGGAAAAAGCUGCAUAAAUUUGAAGAUGCAAAGAAACACAGUUUUGAGGAAAGUUGCACUGCAACCAAUUCCCAGUCUAUAGUGUACAUACCGCAGGACAUUAUUCGAGCAAAGGAGAUUAUUGCACAGAUCAAUACCCUGAAAACUCAAGUUAGUUACUAUGCAGAAAGACUUUCCAGAGCUGCCAAGGAUAAAUCAGCCAAUGGACUUGAGAGAACCCUUGCCAUUUUGGCAGAUAAGACGCGGCAACUUGUCACUGUCUGUGACUGCAAGCUGUUGGCAAAUUCAAUUCAUGCCCUGAAUGCUGCAAGACCAGAUUAUAUAGCUUCAAAGGCCUCUCCGACAUCUACAGAGGGAGAACAAGUGGUGCUAAGAAAUGACCAAGAUACUCUGGUGGCCAGGUGGACAGGAAGAAAUAGCCGUUCUUCUCUACAGGUGGACUGGCAUGAAGAAGAGUGGGAAAAAGUCUGGGUGAAUGUUGACAAAAGUCUUGAAUGCAUUAUCCAGAGAGUAGACAAGCUUCUCCAGAAAGAGCGAUUACAAAGCGAUAACUGUGAAGAUGUUUUCCUGUGUGAAGUCAGCUGCUCUAGCAAGAAAGAUUGCAGUCCCACUCCUGAAGAGUCCAACCCAGGUGAAUGGAGCGAGGCUCUUUACCCCCUGCUAACGACGCUCACAGACUGUGUGGCCAUGAUGAGUGACAAGGCAAAGAAAGCAAUGGUCUUUCUUUUAAUGCAGGACAGUGCCCCUACCAUAGCUCUUUGCUUAAGCCUUCAGUACCGGAGGGAUGUGGUGUUUUGCCAAACUCUUACAGCCCUGAUCUGUGGUUUCAUUAUCAAGCUGAGGAAUUGCCUGCAUGAUAAUGGAUUCCUGAGGCAGCUGUAUACCAUUGGUCUGCUGGCACAGUUUGAAAGCCUUUUAAGUACUUACGGAGAAGAACUGUCUAUGCUAGAAGAUAUGAGUGUGGGAAUAAUGGACUUGAGAAAUGUAACAUUUAAAGUAACUCAGGCCACUUCCGGUGCAUCUGCUGAUAUGCUGCCAGUCAUUACAGGAAAUCGGGAUGGAUUUAAUGUGAGGAUUCCACUGCCAAGCACCUUGUUCGAUGCCCUGCCCCGUGAAAUCCAGAGUGGCAUGUUGCUGAGAGUUCAACCAGUACUCUUCAAUGUGGGAAUCAAUGAACAGCAAACUUUAGCAGAGAAGUUUGGCGACACGUCCUUGCAGGAAAUUAUUAACAUGGAAAGCUUAGUACGGUUGAAUUCCUACUUUGAGCAGUUCAAAGAAGUUUUGCCUGAAGACUGUCUACCUCGAUCUCGGAGUCAAACGUGCCUGCCAGAACUGUUGAGGUUCCUUGGACAAAAUGUACAUGCAAGAAAAAAUAAGAAUGUUGAUAUUCUUUGGCAAGCUGCUGAGAUUUGCCGCAGACUAAAUGGUGUUCGGUUUACAAGCUGUAAAAGUGCCAAGGAUCGGACUGCCAUGUCGGUGACCCUGGAGCAAUGUCUCAUACUGCAGCAUGAACAUGGAAUGGCCCCACAAGUCUUCACUCAGGCUCUGGAGUGCAUGAGGAGUAUUGGAACACGGGAGGUAGUCAUCCAGAAGAACUUGUGUGGCCUGGUGCCCCUCCGGGAUUUCAGGCUAGAUCCCAGUCUUCUUUACUCUAUUCCGCUACUAGCUCUAAGCCCCAAUUUACUGAUUGUGUGGCUGUUUCUGAGCAUUGCAUACCUGGUGGCUAGAUUACGUUGCAAGUGAAGUAAAACAAACCAAGCAAAAAUCCAGUGAAGUGCCAGAAUAUAUAUUGCCACCUGGUACCUAUUUGUCAAAAAAGUUUCAUAGCAUUGUUGCCAAGAAUAAUUAUUAGUAUGCCUUACAAUUUUGUUUCUCUUGUACUGAACGUGUAAAUACACAUUUGAUUCUUUUAUGAAAAGGAAUUGUAUUGAGUGCUUACACUGUCAUUGAGCUUCCAGUGCUUGUAAUGUAAAUCAAACAGCUGCCUGUUACCUCAGCGAUUUAAUCAACCUGAUGACUAAUUUCUGUAUCAUCUGUUUUAAGCAUUCAAAUCCACAUUCCUUCCAUCUCUCUAUAACUACAUACAGCUUUGUUUCACAUGUUUCUGGUUGUCCAGAAAAAGGAACUAUGCCUAAAAAAAAUUCUAAUAUUUUUGUAUAUCCUAAAAAAGUGUAUGUCUUGCCUUUCAUAUUUACGUGGUAAGAAAAAGGGGGGGGGCUUUGUAACGUAUUUAUCUACACGUCUACUUAAGGCACCUUUCUACUUUGAUUUCCAAGCAUCACUUCUACGCUAUUACAAUAAUGAACACAUAAAACCAUUCCUUUCCCAUAGUUCCUUUCCCAUAGUUAAAUCUGUUGUAACAGAUUAUGCCAACUUUAAAAAUGAACUUGAAUAGUAGUAUGCUGCAUGCAAUAUAGUUUCAGUAUAUUUAUACAUUUACUUUCUUACCGCAUCAAAAAAGGAAAGAAUAUGUAGAAAGAGUAGCUUACUGAUCAUCUGUAAUUCCAUUCAAAUCAUUGGAAAAGUAUUUUUAUAACCUGUGUGAUACUAUGCUAUCACAUAUUAAUUAAUAUUUACAUUAAAUAUUGCCAAAAAUGCACUAAUAGCUCUUUUGGGUCAAUGUUAAACUUUAAAUCUUAAGGUGUAUGAAAGAUGCAAAUCCAUUUCUGUGACUUCCUGAAUCCUAAAUGUUCAAUUCGUAACAGAAUUAUCUUAAUUUCUAUCAUUAUUACGCUUAUUCACCCAAAACAAAGAUGUAUAUAUUCACCUCCAGAUAACAUUUAUAACUGACAUCAAUGUAUGUUUUUAGGAGCAUUUAGAUAUAACUGUUGGGUAUUAAAAAGCAGCUCCAAGACUUAUAGAAAAAUUAUUUGAUACUUGGUUGUGCUAUAUCCUGCUUAUCUGAUUGGUUGCAUCACAUCCAAAUUGUAUUGCAAAGAUAAGACAGGGAUGUGUUCUUGACUGGAUUCAUUUGGAUCUUGACAGAGUCGUGCAGGAGCUGCUUCCCUGAUAGGCGUAUGAUUCUGUUCCAAUGAAAGGUGCAGGAAUCAGUUAUACUGUCUGAUUAUUUCACUUGCCAGCAGCAGGGUAGACAAUGAAAGUAUGAGAAGCUUCCUGUAGAUAUUCCCAAAUAAAGUUCCAUUUGGAUAGGACUGGCAACCACAAUAGUUACAUCUUGGUGGCUACUAUGACAAUUUUAUUAGC